AUGACAUCCCGGGAGCAGCUGGUCCAGCAUGUGCUGCAGGAACUGCAGGAGGCCGUGGAGUCGGUGGGGCUGGAGGGUCUCGUUGGCGCGGCACUGGAGGCCAAGCAGAUCCUGUCUUCCUUCACCCUCCCCACCUGCCGAGAGGGGGGUCCCAGCCCCAGGCCCCAGGUCCUGGAGGUGGACUCGGUGGCCCUGAGCCUGUACCCAGAGGAUGCUCCCCGGAACAUGCUGCCCCUAGUGUGCAAGGGUGAGGGCAGCCUUCUGUUCGAGGCCGCCAGCAUGCUGAUGUGGGGAGACGCAGGGCUCAGCCUGGAGCUGCGGGCCCGCACGGUGGUGGAGAUGCUGCUGCACAGGCACUAUUACCUGCAGGGCAUGAUAGACUCCAAGGUGAUGCUGCAGGCGGUGCGCUACUCCCUGUGCUCAGAAGAGUCCCCCGAGAUGACCAGCCUGCCCUCUGCCACGCUGGAGGCCAUCUUCGACGCGGAUGUCAAAGCCACCUGCUUCCCUAGCAGUUUCUCCAACGUGUGGCACUUGUACGCCCUCGCCUCCGUCCUUCAGCGCAACAUUUACUCCAUCUACCCCAUGCGUAACCUCAAGAUCCGGCCCUACUUCAACCGGGUCAUCCGACCCCGCCGCUGCGACCACACGCCCGCCACGCUGCACAUCAUGUGGGCCGGCCAGCCCCUCACCAGCCACCUCUUCCGCCACCAGUACUUUGCCCCUGUGGUGGGGUUGGAGGAGGUGGAGGCCGAAGGCGCUGGCCUGGCCCCCGCGCCCCCCGCUCUGGCCCGCCUCCCGCCACCGGCCAAGACCCUGGAGCUGCUCAACCGUGAGCCAGGCCUCAGCUACUCCCACCUCUGCGACCGCUACAGUGUCACCAAGAGCACCUUCUACCGCUGGCGGCGACAGUGCCAGGAGCACCGGCAGAAAGUGGCCACCCGCUUCUCAGCCAAGCACUUCCUGAAGGACAGCUUCCACCGUGGGGGCGUGGUGCCCCUGCAGCAGUUUCUGCAGAGGUUCCCUGAGAUCUCCCGCUCCACCUAUUACGCCUGGAAGCACGAGCUGCAGGGCUCUGGUGCCUGCCAGGCCCUGGCCCCUAAGGAGGCGCUGGUCAUGGAGGAGCUGGGCAAGCUGCCGGAGGAGCAGGUGGCCGAGGGGCUGGGCUGCUCCUCGCUGGCUGCAUCCACCCCUGGCAUGGUCUUAAUGCAGAGGGCCAAGCUGUACCUGGAGCACUGCAUCUCCCUGAACACCCUGGUGCCCUAUCGCUGCUUCAAACGCAGGUUUCCAGGCAUCUCCCGGUCCACCUACUACAACUGGCGCAGGAAGGCCCUUCGAAGGAACCCCAGCUUCAAGCCGGCACCAGCCCCCUCCGGGACCGCGCCUCCCCAGCCAGCGUCUGCUGGGGAAGGAGCCCCGCCCCCUUGGAAGGGUGAGGCAGGAGAGGGGCCAGGGAAAGCCACAGGUGGGGGAGCACCCACGCCCCAGGAGCCCCACCCCUUGAGGAUGCCCCUGUCCCGCUGGCAGAGGCGGCUGCGCAGGGCUGCCCGCAAGCAGGUGGUGAGUGGGCACCUCCCUUUCUGUCGUUUCCGCCUCCGCUACCCCAGCCUGUCACCCUCUACGUUUUGGGCGUGGAAGAGUCUGGCCCGGGGCUGGCCCAAAAACCUGUCCAAACUCCAGAUGCAGCAAGGCCUCGGGUUGGGGAAAGAAGGGGCCCAGGAGGCUGAGAAAUGGAAAAAAGAAGUUGGCAGAAAUGUGACAGCGGCAGCGGCCCAGCCCGCAGGGACCCCACACAUGGGGACGUCUCCAGGACGGGAGUCGGGGAGGGGCCGGGUAGGGCCUGCCCGAGAGGAAGCCCUGCCUGUCGGGUCCAUGGCCCAGGCCUCCCCCGAAGGUGGGUCCCUGUCCAGCCAGCCCGCGGUGGCAACCGCAGGGGACAGGGAUAGCCAGGUGCUGGUGAUGGACAUGCUUGCCUCCACGAAGUUCAAGGCCCAGGCCAAGCUGUUCUUGCAGAAGCGCUUCCAGUCUCAGAGUUUCCCCUCCUACAAGGAGUUCAGCGCCCUUUUCCCCCUGACUGCCCGUUCCACCUACUACAUGUGGAAGCGGGCGCUCUACGAUGGCCUCACCCUGGUGGAUGGCUGA